AUGGGCUCGUCACAGAGUGUCGAAGUACCUGGUGGUGGAACUGAGGGUUACCAUGUCCUGAGAGUUCAAGCUGGAUCACCGGGCCACAAAGCCGGACUUGAGGCAUUUUUUGACUUUAUUGUGUCUAUUGGGAACAUCAGGCUGGACCAAGACAAUGACACGCUAAAGGACAUAUUAAAAUCAAAUGUAGAUAAAGAAUUACAACUGACAGUUUACAACAGUAAAAAUCAAACUGUCCGACAAACAACAAUAGUACCGAGUUUGACAUGGGGUGGACACGGUUUGUUGGGUGUCAGCAUACGUUUUUGUUCAUUUGAAGGAGCUAAUGAAAACGUAUGGCACGUAUUAGAGGUUCAUCCGUCGUCACCAGCUGAGCUGGCUGGCCUCAGAUCCUUCACUGACUAUAUUAUCGGCGCUGAUUCGGCUCUGCAUGAAAGCGAAGACCUAUUUACGCUAAUUGAAGCCCAUGAAGCUAGGCCUUUGAAACUGUAUGUCUACAACACUACUGAUGAUUCGUGUCGGGAGGUUACUAUUACGCCAAACUCCAAAUGGGGAGGAGAAGGCAGCCUUGGUUGUGGAAUCGGCUACGGGUAUCUUCAUAGAAUACCUAUUAGAAAUUUAUUUGACAAUAAAUUAUAUCCAAACCCAUAUCAGACCAACGUUAAAACUCCGAUUGCAGCACAAGCACAGCCAGUUAAUUAUAAGCCACCGGUUAAUAACAAUCCUGCUGUUACAACAGUACCUCCAGGGUUUACUAUUCCACCUGAUUAUGUUUCGACUACUGCUGAAGUAAUGCAACCUGGUGAAACUUCUACAGUUGUUACACCGACGAUACCAACGAUACCCAUCCCUACGGUACCAGUGCCCCAAUCAAUGCCGAUAGAUACGUCCGCACCACCUAAGUUCAUCGAUCCCGCUAUUGCUGGUGCGACAACAACUACCAGUUCAGCCGCCAAUUUCUUCAAUCAGCCUAAUUAUUUACAAAAUGCAGAGCAAAUGUAUCAAAGUACACCAAGUAUACCCGGCAUGCCAGUAGCACCACCAGCCCAAGCAUUCCUUGUGGAUACAUCAAUUCCAGAGUCAUCGCCGAGUCUUCAAUACAGUUUCAAUUCACCACCAAUGCCGCAACAAACGAACAUGUCAAAUAUGCCGUACUUAUCACAGCCCCAGGUGGUAACGACACCAAUUUCACUUCCUGGCAUGCCUCCCAUCACCGUUUCAGCAAGCUUACCACAAACCAGCAACUUCUUUCCAAUGCAAGAUCAAAAUCAAAUGACAAACACCACAAAUGUUCCUAUGACUUCUGCUACGGCACAAUAA